AUGUCCAUUGUUACAAAAGCGAAUCUCUUACGCUGCCUGCUCGCAAUAUGCCUAUUGCUAGUGCUUAACUUCUUAUGGUCAUCUACCACCGACGGCGCCACGUCACUGAGCAAACUGAGCAUAAGGCGCGUGCACAAGUACGCGCAUAUACAUAACAAAAAUGGCAGCGAUAGCGAAGGGAGCGCGGAGAGUGGGCAACGUCUGCCUGCUGCACCAUUGGCUUUAUCAAAGGAGCACGAGCUGCAAUUCAGCCGCAGCUCAAACUUAACGACUGUGAUUGCGUUAGCAAAUAUUACUUCCAUUCCACAAGACUUAACGCACGCGCAUUCACAUAUAUACGCCGCCAGCAGCAGCACGCACAAACCGCUUCCAAACCAAAACUGCACUGAUCCUGAUCCACGCAAUGGCGGCCCCGUUACUCCCAACAUAACACUCGAAUCAAUGGAUAUUAUUGAGGCUGAGCUUGGACCAUUGUUGCAAGCUGGCGGCGCGUAUCAGCCAACAGACUGUCAGGCUCAGUAUCAUGUGGCCAUAGUGGUGCCAUUUCGUGAUCGUUAUGCACACCUCUCCAUCUUUUUGCGCAAUAUGCAUCCGUUCCUAAUGACACAGCGUAUUGCCUAUCGCAUAUUUAUAAUCGAGCAAACCAAUGGCAAGCCCUUUAAUCGUGCUGCCAUGAUGAAUAUCGGUUACUUGGAGGCCUUAAAGCUUUAUCAGUGGGACUGUUUUAUAUUCCACGACGUCGAUCUAAUACCUUUGGAUACGCGCAAUCUCUACAAUUGUCCACGUCAGCCGCGGCACAUGUCCGUUGCCAUUGACAAGUGGAAUUUCAAGUUGCCUUAUCGUACAAUAUUUGGCGGAGUUUCGGCCAUGACCAGACAGCAAUUUCAGGCUGUUAAUGGCUUCUCCAAUUCGUUCUUUGGUUGGGGUGGCGAAGACGACGACAUGUCCAACAGAUUGAAACACGCCAAUCUAUUCAUAUCACGUUAUCCACUAAAUAUUGCGCGUUAUAUGAUGUUAAAACAUCAAAAGGAGAAGGCAAAUCCCAAACGCUAUGAAAAUCUACAGAAUGGCAUGAGCAAAAUCGAAUCGGAUGGCAUAAACUCGAUCAAGUACGAGAUAUAUAGCAUCAAAGAAUUUCCAACAUUUACUUGGUAUUUAGCUGAGCUAAAGAACUCGGAACGCAAGAGUUGAAGUGGAAUGGAAAAUUGUGCAACGCGAUUCUCAAUAAUAUUUACUUAUGUAUGUACAAAAGACAACAUUACUUUUUGCAGUGUAGCCUCAAAGUAAUAUCCUAUAAUUAGACAUAAACACUUUUAUGGUGUUUGUAGCAAGUCCAAAGUCCUCUCAAUCUCUUAGUAGUAUACAUAGUACCAUUAAAUAUUUAAUCUGAGUAGUUUUCGUUUUCGAAUUGUUAAAUCUAUUAUUGUUUUGUUUUGCAUAAUUUUAUUACGAAUCUCUAAAGACAAAAAAUUCUACACCAAUUCCUACAAGGUGAAAAUGUAGAUAUUACUUUUGUGAUAACCAAAAUAAUAUAUACAUACAUACAUAUAUAUAUUAUAUAUAUAAACCCAAAAUUGUUAUUCUAUCAGAACGAUAAUAAACACAAGUAAGAACUUCGGUGCGCCGAAACUAGCUAUACCCUUGCAGCUAGUAUAAAUAUGUGAAUAUUAAAGAAAAUCUUGGCUUUAUUAUUUUAAGCUAAACAAAUUCUUAUAACGUAUCAACUUGACUAUGUUUAUUGGACUGAUUAUUGACAGCUAAAUAUGAUAAAAUGUGUGAUCCGUUCCAACCUGCCAAGGUUACAACUCGUGUGCCAAGUUCAAUAAGCGAUUUAUAUCCGACAACUGCAAGGGUAUUAAACACUAACCAUACUUUAAUAUACAAAUUACCAAAACAAAAUGUAAAACUUAUUAAAACAAAAAAUACAUUUUACUAUACCAGAAUAAAACUUUUACUAUACCAAAACUCAAAAGACAACAAACCCAAGUCAAUUAAUUAAAAGCUACAGCUUGUUCGUUUUCGUUGGUUAGAUUUCGUUUUUAUUAUUUUACGGUUAUACGUGUAUUAGAAAUUAUUUAUGGCUGCGUAACGACUAUGUUACCGUUCAAGUCAGUGUUAUUAUAUUUACGACGAUUUGUUUAUGCUUGACGUCGCCAAUUAGUAUAGCUAGUGUUCGAGUUGGAGCGCAUGGCAUACAGCGGGGGGUGGGCAGGAAGAGACGCAGAGAUAUAUAGACAGUGAGAUAUAUAUAUAUAUAUAAUUAUGGCGAGUGUGGAAUUAAAUUCCAUGGCUCAUUUAUUAGUUUGGUAUGCAGAACUACAGUUAAAACAAAUUUUGCUUUUUAGAUUAAUAAACUUACAAUUAUAAGUAUAUGCCACACGUUGUGUGUGUGGGCUUUAGCUAAUGAUUUACACUGGUCACGUUGUAAUAUAAAUGCUUUCUCAAUUUAGAAAUUUUGAUUUGAGGGCGUGAGCGAAACGUUACGUUCUUUGUUUUAGGAGCAAACUAGGUUAGAUGUGCGGAGGGUAGGAGCAGACUAUAACCAAAUACAACAAUAGUUAGGCAUUGCCUUAUAUAUAUACAUACGU